AUGCAGGUGUCGUUGGUAUGCACGGACCAUCGCGGGGGCGUGAGCCGCAACACUGAGGACCGUCUAAACCGACAGAAUGCCAACAGCCCCAGCACAGGCACACGCAGCAAGUUCAGAGCAGUGGCGAUGGUGGCUCGCAGUCUGGGACAACUCUCUGUUCAGAGUGUGCCUUCCUCCAGCGAGCAAAGCAUGAAGACUGGCAUGAAGUAUAGAAACCUUGGAAAGUCGGGCCUGCGGGUGUCCUGCCUUGGAUUAGGAACAUGGGUGACAUUCGGCGGGCAGAUAACGGAUGAGAUGGCAGAGCAGCUGAUGACUCUGGCCUAUGAAAAUGGCAUCAAUCUGUUUGACACAGCGGAGGUCUACGCUGCUGGAAAGGCAGAGGUGGUGCUCGGAAACAUCAUAAAGAAGAAAGGAUGGAGACGCUCAAGUCUGGUGAUAACAACAAAGAUCUUCUGGGGUGGAAAAGCGGAGACUGAAAGAGGUUUAUCCCGAAAACACAUUAUAGAAGGUUUAAAGGCCUCUCUAGAAAGACUGCAGUUAGACUAUGUGGAUGUGGUUUUUGCAAAUAGACCGGACCCGAAUACACCGAUGGAAGAAACGGUUCGAGCAAUGACCCAUGUGAUAAACCAAGGCAUGGCCAUGUACUGGGGAACAUCCCGCUGGAGCCCGAUGGAGAUAAUGGAAGCGUACUCUGUGGCGCGACAGUUCAACCAGAUUCCUCCCAUCUGUGAGCAGGCUGAGUACCACAUGUUCCAGAGAGAGAAGGUGGAGGUGCAGCUACCUGAGCUCUUCCAUAAGAUAGGUGUGGGGGCCAUGACGUGGUCACCACUGGCCUGUGGGAUCAUCUCAGGGAAAUACGACGGCAGGGUGCCUCCGUACUCUCGGGCCUCUCUGAAGGGUUACCAGUGGUUGAAGGACAAGAUCUUGAGCGAGGAGGGCCGGCGUCAGCAGGCGAAGUUGAAAGAGCUGCAGGCAAUCGCGGAGCGGCUGGGCUGCACUCUGCCCCAACUCGCCAUCGCGUGGUGCCUACGGAACGAGGGGGUGAGCUCUGUCCUUUUAGGGGCGUCCAACACCGACCAGCUGAUGGAGAACAUAGGAGCAAUACAGGUUCUUCCAAAGUUGUCGUCGUCCAUCACACACGAGGUGGACAGCAUCCUGGGGAACAAGCCGUACAGUAAAAAGGACUACCGCUCCUAACGCGUGGCACGGCCCCGCCCGGCAGGGCUGCACCCCGGGCUGCAGCCGCAGCGCCCCACCUUUGCCUGAUCCUCUGUUUGCUUGAGCUUUUACUGAGUGAGACCCUGGCGCAUGAGUCUGGCCACACCAAGGCCACCCAGGGCACCUCAUUUAGAGUCACAGGGAUAAGAUAAGAGAAGGGGGGGAAAAAAUACAGUCACCUCCAACGGGAAAAAGGAAGGGAUUGACAAAGAAAGACAUAGAGAGGUUAGGGAUAUGCGCUCAUACUUAAAAUCAGUUAUACAUUCAAUUCAGCUGAACGUAUUUUAAAAAAACCGUAGACAAAAAUAUCUUUUUAAAAAAAAUAAGCACACGCUUGCUUAGCAGCCAGAUUUCUUUUUUGUUUUGUUUUUUUUGCUUUUUGUUUUUCUAAAACUGAAUGCAACUAAAAGGAAGAUUAAGUUCAUACUGUAUGAAUAUACGAGAACUACUCUGUUGCACAUGUACCAUAGCCAUGCAUUUGUUCCUUGGACGUUCUGUUUACAAAACAUGUGUGUACUGUACUGAGUGCGUCAAAGGUUUCUCUGACAAACCGUUUUGUUUGUGUUGUCGACAUUAUCAGUGUACGAGCCUCCUUCGCGGGCUUUAACAAUCAGCACUUUAGUAUUGUCAGUAUCGGUGCGUGGAGGGUAGUUUAAAGGAGGGGAGAGGACGGGUAUUACGGUAGUCUUAUCUCACACAGCCAUUGCACUAUAGAAUCAUAUGUCCUGAUAAUCCCCUCUCCUCGUCCUCCCUUUUGUGUCCUCCUCACUGGCAGUACGUUUGUCCAGCCCGACGCUCAGACGCUCCUGCUGUCUGAGCCGGGACGUCAGGGAUGAGGAGGAUGGAGACGCUCCUCCUCCUCCAUCAUCCCAACCGUCCGUGAUGAUGUGUCAGGGCAACUCGUCUGCCACUGAAGAGAUUAUCUAUUCAUCACCCCACCCCCCCACCAACCUCUCUCUCUAAACUCUAGGAGCUGCAGUCAUGUUAAAUCAAAACGCAGAGUCGUGCUUCACUGUGUUACCCAACCUCUUAACUGUACAUGAAGUGGUCGUAUCAGUGCUGGCUCCACAUCUCAUGGAAGAAAGAAAAAUUCUCCUUUGAUCAAAUUGUGUUCAGGUAUUUUGCCUUAUUUACAGCUGCAUCAGACUGCGCUGUGGGCUUUUAGCGUGGACGAGCAGCUCGGCCCCUUUCUUUGGCCGACUGGCCUCAUGUGCUCAGUAUACACGGGAACGCUGACUAGGGGAAGUGGUGUUUGUUGUGAGAGGAAGAGGUGGUGUGUGUGCGUGUGUGCGUGUGUGUGUGUGUGUGUGUGAUAGUGUGUAUGUGUGUGCGUGCGUCCAGUUAAUCAGUGAGUGGCAGCAGCUCAGGGAACAGAGCAGGUGGUUUUAGUCGUGCGUUGGCGUGCACAUGGUCAGGAGGUUGUAUUUACUCGUCUGUCUUUCUUUCGUGCGUGGACACUGGGGAGGACCAGUGACAUUUUUAGCGUGGCUUGAGCCAAAGAUCUCCUCCUUCUACUUCUUCUUCUUCUUCUUCUUCAUCAUCUCUCUUUGACGACACGGUUUCACUCUCACUUCCUGCAAGAUUAUAAUCAUCAUCUUGACGCAUGUGCUGUCCAGCUUGUUAUCUAUCUAUGGUAUGGACUUUACUCCAUAUAUAUCUUUACUUGACAAUGCUGUUAUACUAGUUAACAAAUACGUCCUUCAUAUACAGAAUGCAUAGUACAGCUACUUGCUUUAGGAACGGUAAGGUUCGUUUCAGGCGACGUACGACCUGAGACGUGUCAGAAGUAUUAUCGCAAAAUUUGACGCCACCCUAUAUCAUUCUCUCUCCUUUGGGUGCUCUCUUACUGUGAUUUAAGCACAAGUGGAUAGGCAUGUGAUACAUCCUCAAAGCAUGGACCCUCUUCACCCAGCCUACAGUACCUACGGGACGAGUAAGGUGAUGCUACUCCGCUUACUAACACAUGUAGAUAUCCAGUCUUUACUAACAGCUGAUAAACUAUUGAUUCUUAGCAGAAGGAGAGAAAAAAAAAAGUACAGAUUAAGAGAACUGUCAUAUUUAGUGCGAAUGAUGAUGCGAAUGAGAUGUUGGUGCUUCUCAGUUUAAGGGAUAAUCAAAGUGAACGUUACUGUGAGGGAUUUGUGCGGAUGAGGUUUAGUGUGCUUCGUUUCUCCUCCAAAAAAUGGUUUUUAAACAGCGAAAUGAUUUAAUGUCUCUGUUGUUGAUCUGUUUAUGUGUGUGUGAGUGAGUGUGUGUGUUAGGGAGGGGGGGACAACUGAACUAAUCCCUUGCUUUAGCCUGUUGUAUAAAUUGAUCCCUGUAUACGUUUGAUUUGCUGUGUCUGAGUGAAUAAAACUGGCGCAAGCUGACGUUUUCUUAGAAGAGACAACAACAACAAAAAAAAGAUAAGCAAAGAAGUUUUAGUUGGUUUCGUAUGUGGAGUUCCUGUGUCUUAAUAUAUUCAUCUGCAGGGAGUGGGGAGGAAGUUUGAGACUUAAGGAAAGGUUUCCUUAUUCGAUUUCUCGCCGACGGUUUAAAAAAAAAGAUUGACACCACGCUCGUGUCUGUGUUAAAACACAAAGUCCUGAGGUGACAAAAUCCAAGUACAAGCUCCUCUCAAGCUCACUAAUUAGGAAAGAAACUUUGUUUCUCAUGACUUUAACCGGAAUCCGAACAUAUCCCUAAGCCGAGGCAAUCAUUUCCUACAACACCUGAAUUAAACCCUAAUGAUAAAGAUCCACUGGCAGAACAACAAAUGACUUCUUGCUGUGGCCAUGUCAGUGCCAGUUUCUAAACACUGUGUAAAGGAGCAUGUGACGGUGUUCUGCAACAUGUUUGUUUUUGUUUGUUACAGUGAUAUCCACAGCGGGUAAAACAAAUCACUGCGUAGCCUCCAGACAGUCACUUCCACCAUGCCUAGAAUCCCACAUUUUUCAUAAAAAACAGGGGCGACAUCACACCAGUCACGGAGCAGAAAGUGUUAACCAGCAGCUUCAUUUUUAGCAGAGACACGAGAGUGAGGGUGCUGCAGUGGUUAGCACUGUCACCUCACUGAACUGUUUAACUUGUACAGGCAGUGUCAGCUGGGAUCGUGACCCUGAGGAGGAAUGAGCUGUUACAGAAAACCGAGAGUGGUGUCAAUCUUUUCAUCAACUCACGGCAAGAAAUCGCACAAGUGUUUUUCCCAAAAUGUCAGAUUUGUCCCUUAAUCGGUAUCGCUGUGCAUUUUGUUUGACCAUCAGUGUUAUUUCACUCCGUGCUGACCUUCCUGGUGUUCGAAAGGUUUCUGCACAUUGUAGAAAUAACUCUUAAUGUUUUAAGGCUGAAGUGUAAUUACCUAGUGCCCUCGCCUGUGUAGGAGAAAUUCAUGCUUUAAGUGGUCCUAGUUUCAUCAUAUUUGCUGUUCUAACAUUUUAAUGACUAGUUCAGAAAUGAAACCAGAGCCGCCGACGGAUAGAGCUUAUUUUACAGAAGGUUCUAGGUUAUACAGAGAAUAUAUUUUUAUGUUUUAGCCUUUAAUGCAGUAGAGAGAAUCAAAGAACUGUUUUUAUUUUUUUCAUCAUGCUGCAUUUUUCCUAUCAGUAUUGUAUCAAGGCCGACAAAAAAAAA